AAAUGUAAACAAGUCAAAGCAUGGCGAUGUAAACAACGCAACCGGCAUAUUCAUUCACACUUUCGUCGCAGAACAGAAAUUUCAGAAACUUCAUUAAACAUGGAAAAGGCAAAGGAGGCAGUUGAUAAUUUGUACAGCUAUAGAGACCAUUAUUUUGAAAAGUUUCCACUUGAAAAAGCCAUUGAUAAGAAUGAUGAUGUAAAAAAAGAAAUGACCAAAACAGUUCAAGUAUUAGAAGGUUUAAAGGAUGAGAUUACAAAUAAAGCUAUUUAUCAUAUGUUGAGAGGGAGAGCACUAAAUGUUUUACCAACCUUUGACCCCUUAGCAGAGGAAGCCUUGUCAAAGGCAGUCAAGUUAGAUCCAAAGUUAGUUGAUGCCUGGAAUGAAUUAGGAGAAAGUUAUUGGAAGAAGGGAGAAGUGCCUGCUGCUAAAAAUUGCUUUGUUGGAGCACUUGGACAUGUGAAAAACAAGGUAUCAUUAAGGAAUUUAUCAAUGGUUCUGAAACAGUUGAGUGGUAGUCCUUCAGACAAACUUAAGAUGAUCGAAGAAAGUGUGGAGAAAGCUAAAGACGCUGUACAACUAGACAUACAUGAUGGGACCUCAUGGUUGGUACUGGGUAAUGCUUACCUAUCAUUUUUCUUUGCUGCAGGACAGAAUCCAAAGUCUUUGAAACAAAGUAUGAGUGCUUACUUACAAGCAGAGAAAGAUUCUGUUGCCAAAAAUAAUCCUGAUCUCUAUUUUAACAGAUCUGUGGCCUUCAAGUAUGAAGAAGAUUACCAGGCAGCUGUAGAUGGUUUCUCUAUGGCAUCAAAAUUAGACCCGACAUGGACAGAGCCUGGAGAGCAUGAGAAAAAUCUCAUGUCAUAUCUCACAAACCUUAGAGAUCUCACAGAAAAGAAGGGAAAGAUUAAAGACAAGAAGAUAAAAGCUUUAGUUCAGACCAUAAAGGAUGUUGACUUGGGUCCUUACGCUGGUGGAAAGUACACAGGGCCUUCAGGAAAGACCAUCAAUCUUGUACAAUGUAAAUUCUGUGACCUGAAACCACAGUUAAACGCAGAGAAAGUGAUCUUAGGGAAAGUUGUAUGUACUGUUCAGUCAUAUGAACCAGUGCCAUUCUCUUUCUGUAUGGUUGAUGAUGAUGAACAGUGCUUACCUGUCAAUGUAUAUAACUUAUCACAAGGUAGUGGGGUCAAGAUCGGGGACUCUGUUGCCAUACCAGAACCAUAUCUACAGACCAUCAAAGUCUCACAUAAAGAUGUGAAUUUAAACUUCAAUAGUAUAAGAGUAAAUUCACCAUUAGUAUUAGUUGUUAAUGGGAAGAAACUUGGAAUAGACAAGCAGGCACCAUCUGUGUUAGCAGUUAGUGCUGUUAGCCAAUGAUUGGAAAGAACACAAACCUUGUUGGAGAUGUUAGCCAAUGAGAGAUCUGAAUACAAAAAUAUGUUUGUGCUGUUAGCCAAAGAAUGUGAAAAAUACUGUAAUCAAGGACCAUAAAAGUGCUGAAGCAUGACUGUGAUACAGGGGCAGAUCUGAAAUGUUUUUUGUUUUGUUUUACUGAAGAGGUUUAUUGACAUGCUAAUUUAUUGUAUACAAAUAAAAUUCAGAUGCACAAAUUGAAGAAAUAUAUUUAAAGAAUAAGAACUAUUGGUAUACAAAAAUAUUAAAUAUUAUGAUAUAAGAUA